CCUGCGCCCAGCCCCGGUCUCGGCCCCGGACCUGAGUGUUUCACAGCCAAUGGUGCAGAUUACAGGGGAACACAGAACUGGACAGCAUUGCAAGGAGGGAAGCCAUGUCUGUUCUGGAAUGAGACUUUCCAGCAUCCAUACAACACUCUGAAAUACCCCAAUGGGGAAGGUGGCCUGGGUGAACAUAACUAUUGCAGAAAUCCAGAUGGAGACGUGAGCCCCUGGUGCUAUGUUGCUGAACAUGAGGAUGGUGUCUACUGGAAGUACUGUGAUAUUCCUGCCUGCCAGAUGCCUGGAAACCUUGGCUGCUACAAGGAUCAUGGAAACCCACCUCCUCUAACUGGAACCAGUAAAACGUCCAACAAACUCACUAUACAAACCUGCAUCAGUUUUUGUCGGAGUCAGAGGUUCAAGUUUGCUGGGAUGGAGUCAGGCUAUGCAUGCUUCUGUGGGAACAAUCCUGACUAUUGGAAGCAUGGGGAGGCAGCUAGCACGGAGUGCAACAGCGUCUGCUUUGGGGACCACACCCAACCCUGUGGUGGGGAUGGCCGGAUCAUCCUCUUUGACACUCUCGUGGGUGCCUGCGGUGGGAACUACUCAGCCAUGACAUCUGUGGUCUAUUCCCCUGACUUUCCUGACACCUAUGCCACUGGGCGGGUCUGCUACUGGACAAUUCGGGUUCCAGGAGCCUCUCACAUCCAUUUCAACUUCACCUUAUUUGAUAUCAGGGAUUCUGCAGACAUGGUGGAGCUGCUGGACGGCUACACCCACCAGGUCCUGGUCCGUUUCAAUGGAAGGAACCACCCACCCUUGUCCUUUAAUGUCUCUCUGGAUUUUGUCAUUUUGUAUUUCUUCUCUGAUCGCAUCAAUCAGGCCCAGGGAUUUGCUGUCUUAUACCAAGCCAUCAAGGAAGAGCCACCGCAAGAGAGGCCCACUGUCCACCAGACGCUGGAAGAGGUGAUCACAGAGCAAGCCAACCUCAAUGCCAGUGCUGCCCACUCCUCCAAAGUCCUCUAUGUCAUCACCACCAGCCCCAACCACCCGCCUCAGACUGUCCCAGGUAGCCAUUCCUGGGCACCAUCAGUUGGGGCCAGCGGCCACAGAGUGGAAGGAUGGACCGUCUAUGGCCUGGCAACCCUCCUCAUCCUCACAAUCACAGCUGUUAUUGCAAAGAUUCUUCUACAUGUCACAUUCAAAUCUCAUCGUGUUCCCACUUCAGGGGACCUUAGAGAGUGCCGUCAGCCAGGGACUUCUGGGGAAAUCUGGACCAUUUUUUAUGAACCUUCUACUACAAUUUCCAUCUUUAAGAAGAAGCUCAAGGGUCAGAGUCAACAAGAUGACUGUAAUCCCCUUGUGAGUGACUAAAACCCCACCAUGCCCAGGACUUGAGGCUCCUCUUUGAGCUUAAAGCUGCUGCAGUCAACCUCCCCUGAGGACUCUUUCCUGUUUCUUCCCUUUGGUCUCUUAGGGACACACUCCUACAGACUGGGAAGGGGCACCCUGCUUCAGGGGACCUGCACUUAACAUGGGUACAUAAGGCCCCAGAGCCUACCCUGCCCUGUGUGUCUCUGCGUCCCACUGGGGGUGUCAAGACUGUGGGGAUGAGCUGAAGAAGUCACAGCUGGCCCUGAUUCUAGAAGACUGUUAGGUGGUGGGUAGGUUUAGUAUAUGAUGAGUUUUUCUUGCUUCUUCUCUAUUUUGUCCACAUACAGGUCAGUUUCCCCUGGUCUUUACAGUUUGUAACAGGACCAGACUAAAAGAAUCCUCAGGGUCUCUUGAAGGCUGGCCUGGACCCUAUAAGUGUGGUCUCCCGGGCCCUAGCACCCCAAAGUGUGAGGAGGGCCAGUGUUCUGUGCUGACCCCAUAGCUUUGUUCUCUAAUGCUAAGAUGUGCCUCAUCUAACUUUGGGGGCCGAAGAAGAGGGUCAAACCCAAUAUCUUUUUUUUGUCUAGAGGCCUCUUUCCAAAGCUCAGUAACCUGCAGGGCAAGCCUGAGGACUUACAUAUUUUAAAAGUCACAGUUCACAUUCUAGGAAGCCUCUCAAGUCACUGUCCUGUCUGUGCAUCCCCUGCAACAUCUGAAACACUCUUUUGCUUAUCCAUGCAACAGACCAUGGGAAGCUUUGCAGACACACAGUAAACUGCUCGUGUAUUGGACUUACCUGGCCUGGCCCUCAAGCAGUUCAUAGCCCUGUGGAACCUGAACCAGGCCCAUCUCUGUCCUUCCAGCCAUGUCCCAGUUCAGAACCAGGAAUAUAAAGACUAUAGCCCAGAGCUGGGGCUGUAACUCAGCAGUAGAGGGCUGCCUUGUAUACAUGAGGUCCAAGGUUCAAUCUCUGAUACUGCUUUUAAAAAAUACUGUAGCAUAACCUGUGGGCAGAAUCCUGUGAGACAUGGGGCCUGUGGUCCCUUCAUAAGGUGUCUCCUAUUUUAAAAGAUAAAAACUACCAUGAGGGCUGUGUGCUUCUUAAGGGGAUAGAGUGUGGUUAGGAGUGACUGUGAAGAAGGAGAGGGCUCUUGUCUUGCCCCAUUGCUUUGUCCCUCACACUGGGAGGCAGACUACAGAGGUUGGCACAAAGAGAAGGCAAGGCUUGGGAACUGAAUACUCCAAGGAUAGGCCAGAAGAGUGAAAGCUCCAGCUGCAGUGGUUACCCAUUGUGAGAGGAAGGGCCAUCUCCAACUGAGGUCCCACAGUCUGGAAGUGGCUUUUGUCCACAGCAACUGAGAGGAACAGCCUGUGCCCUGAAGGCUGGGCCUGGACCUUGGUCAGUGUAUGGCUCCCCUGCCAGCACUUGGAUCUUGGUGUUUGUUGGGCUUCCCUGGGUACCCUCCUUGGAACAUGGUGCCUACCUCCCUAGUCUUUAAGUCACUGUCAUGGGCCCUUUGUAGAAUUCAAGUAACCCAUCUGCAUCUGGCUGCUCCCAGGAGAGAGGGUUGUGUGGGGCAGCCGGGAAGCAUCCUCAGGGAGAGGCAACAGGAGUGCAGAAGAGGUGAUGACCAGAGCUGAUGGGUAGAGGGACAACUGGAGGAGAGAAACAACGCAGGUGGCCAGGGUGCUGACCCAGCUCCUGUGAGAAGCCUGCUGGGUGACAGAGAGCUGGGUGCCAUUUCCACCCUUUGAUCUGGAAAGAGUGGUCAGUCUGGAGCAGCUCUCCACAGGCUCCUGGGUCUGAAGACGCACUUCCCCCUCCCUAGGAAGAUCACUGGAAAUAGGCUGACAGGAGCAGUUUCCGCUCCAGGAUAUUCAUGAUUUUUUGUGGAAUCUCCUCUGAGAUCAAGUGUUGGGUGUGUAGAGUCACAGAAGGCCAUGUGCACAGUACAGAGAGAACAUGGGAUCUAUCCCAGUCUCUGAUCACUGGCCCCAGCUUCCCUCAAGCUGCCACCCACCUGCUUCAUCACAGCCCAGGCACAGGAAGCCAAGCCCCAGUGUGCUGGCAGCUGCAGCUGGAGCAGCCAUUUCUCCGAGUCCCCAGGAAGGGCAGUGGACAUGCCCACGCUUCUCUUGCUGCUGGCCUGGGCACAGCCCAGCAUUCCAGAAUCUACUUCCUCUCUGGGAAGCAGCCCCAGGAAACACAAGCCCACCUCAGGAAACUGUGGAGCAGUGGUAAGGUCUGUAAAUCACCAAGGCCACACCUCUAGCAAUGACAGACACAGCCUCAGUUACAACCUGUCAACAGCAUGCCACAGAGGACUCUUCUGCAGGUAAAUACUGAGAGGCAGAUCCCAAAGAAAGAGCUGAGGUACUCUUCCAGGAGCAGGAGGAAAGAAGCACUUCUUCUGAAGAGAGGCAGGUGGAGGUGAUCCUGAAGAAACCUAACAGUGCAGAAGACUGGCAGGGCCCAGCUGCUUGCUCCCACUUGGCCCUUCUGAGACAGCAGGUUGAGGCCCAGGGUGUCUUGUGCUCUUCCCCACUUGUCUCUUUGCUUAUAAAACAGAGACUGAGUAGGAAGGCCGGUACCUUUCCCCAUAUCAGUCAAGAUGGGGCUGAGGCCUCUUGGACUUCUCAAGUAUGAGCUCUGGCCUCAGACUUAUCAGCCAUAAGCUCUCCAAGAGCAAAGCCUUGGCAAGUACAGCUGACCUGGCUUCAGGGCAAACCUAUGCGAUAUGUCUAGGCCUGGCACCAUCCCAUUCCCCACUGCCAGCCCAGGCAACACUCCUCCUGACCCUCCUCAUUGGCCACUGAACUGACACCAUCAGGGCUCACACAGGCUGUCACCCAACCCUGGGGCAGUCCACAUUCAAACUUCAAGAGCACUUAGAAGCAGAUGGCCUCUAGGCCCUGUCAACCUCUCUCCUGGGGCCACGCUAGGUAUCACUAAGACAGCCCCUCCACUGCCCUCCAUGGUAACCUGGUACCUCUUGGGUUUAGAAUCUCCUAUCUGGUGUUUGAUGUCUGCUUUCAUUACUACCUUGGGAAUUGUUAACCUUCUGAUAGUUUCCUUUGGUGUCUUUGUUUACCUUCCUCAUUGUUCUACCUCCUGGCUACAUCUCAGCCUAGCUGCUCUGGUGGGUGUGGGGGUGUCAGACCUGCCAGUUGUACCCCCAACCCUGAGCUGCAGGGCCUGGAGGUAGGCAAGCUUCACCCUCUGCCCACAGAACCUGGGGGUCUUUGCACAGGCUCUGUUUUACCAUGUUGGAGCUGAGCACACUGGCGAAGGCAGAAGUAGAACAGAGAGGACAGUCAGGUGAAUCUCCCGCUUCAGAGGGAAGGAAGAACUUUCCUGCCUGCACAGGGAGCUGCCAUCCCUGUAGCUUUUGUGACACCAAGACCUUCCCAUUUCCAAACUCACCCUCCAGCAGGGAUUUGACUUUGGACAAGGCUUUUUUUGUAAACAUGCUCUUAAUAUACAACUUUGAGAAUAAAAUAGAAACAUCAUGUAUUUUAAAAUAUAAAGGUGUGAUGCACUGUAUACAAUUUAAUAUAUAUUUUUAGGAUUUUGUUAUUUAAGAAAAUGGAAUGUAAUGGUACUUAGCUUUUGAAAAAGAGAGAAAAUGUUAUUUUUACUGUUUGGAAAAAAUAAAUAUUCUCAUUGUUGUAGAAACACCAGUGGGCCCUAGCCUGUCAUUU